AUGUCACCGCUUGCUACUGUCGGUAUCAUCUCAAUGGGAGAAAUGGGUAUGGGUGUUGCAAAGUUGCUCAUUGCUCAUAAUUAUCGAGUUGUGACGAAUAUUGAGGGUCGAAGCCAAGAUACCCAUGAUCGCGCUCAAAAAUCCAAAAUCGAACUUCUACCUACAGAUGCAUCCCUGAUUUCACAGUCGGACUACAUUCUCUCGAUUGUUCCACCCCGUGAUGCAUUAUCACUAGCAACUCGGAUUACUACCGCCUUUAAUUCGCUCUCUCCACCAAAAUUUUCUCCCCUCUAUUAUCUCGAUCUAAACGCCAUAGCUCCUGCUACCGCUCGCUCAGUCGCUUCUCAUAUUAGUACCGCAUCACCAUCUAUCAAAUUCAUCGAUGGCGGAAUCAUUGGCGGUGCACCUAAACUCAAGAACGACACCACUACUCCUAAUACCACGGCAUCUAUAGAUCCAGACCUAGAACAUGCUUGGAGCCGUCCUUCGAUCCCCAUCUCCGGACCUCAUGAACUUUCCAAAGCUCCUGUAUCUGGUGCACAUUUAGCAGAUCUUUUGAAUACCAAUUAUCUCGGCGAGGAAAUUGGCAAGGCAUCAGGUCUUAAAUGUUGUUUCGCUAGUACGACGAAAGGAUUCACAGCCCUAUGCAUUCAAGCGUUCACAUCCGCUCAAAGGUUGGGCGUCUUAGGAGAAUUGGAGAAAGAGAUGAGCGAGAGAGUACCUGGUUUAUGGAAAUCGGUAAAUGGAGGAAUCACAGGGAUGCCCCCAAAAGCCUAUAGGUGGGUAAGAGAAAUGGAGGAAAUCGGAAUAUGUCACGGGGAAACAGGAUUCUCAGGCGGAGAGUCCACCGAUGGAAAAGGUGUCUUUGGAGAAAUUGCCGAUGUUUACCGAACUGUAGCAGAUGAAACAGUUCUCGGAGAGGAAAAAACAGAAAAGAGGAAAAGAGGAAAAACUGUCGAAGAUGUGGCUCAAUGUAUGACCGAGGGCCUCGCAAGUAAGAGAGCAAAGAAGGAAUAG